AUGGCGUGGAGGGCCGUGAGCCAAGCCUACCUACUCUACAGUACGUCGUCUCUUUACAUCGUCCUCCAAAUCAUGCCUUGUGGCCACUACGCGUUCUAUCUGUCCCCGGUUCCCGCUGGUGCCCCAAUUUUAUUCUUUCCUAAAUCGUCCCUUGGCAUCGGGAGGUUCUUUGUGGUCCGCACCCACACCUACGUAGGUGUGGGUGCUGCUACCGCGGACAGAUCUUCUGGAAGAAGUCCGUCACGCGGAGAAAGGCCUCGAAGCCUCGUGGGUCGGUGA